UCGAUGUUGCAUCCCUCUAAAAAUUGAUAGCAAAACUGCGUGUGAAAAAGACACGAAGUUUUUGUACACUUUUUCGGGCGUUAUUUUUAACUGUUAAAGCGCGGUUUAGCGAACUGAGAGUGCGAUUCGAUCCGAAAGUUGGCAAAAUGCUUUAAAAGAGCCGCGCUGCCAGUAGAAAAUCGCUGUUCUACUUUUCUAAAUAACACUCGGCCAGUGGACGAGGGACGGGAACGGGCACACAUACAAGCGCGCCGCCGAGUGUCAACAGCUGCCCUGGCAAAAUGUCGGACAUUAAUGAUGACCUGCUCAACUACGAACUGGGCGACGACAUCGAUGACCAGGCUUUGCUCGGCGCCGACGAGGAUGAGUUGCUUCUCUCGGACGAAGAGCUCGAAAAGGAUGUUACCAGCGAGGUAAAGCUGCAGAUGCGCGCUGAGGCCGAGGAGUGGGCCCAGGAGCAGAUUCGCCAGCACGAGCGCAAGCACAAGGAGCAGUUGCAGGCGGUCUCCGCUGCCGCUGCGGCUCCACCAGCGGAGGCUCCUCCGAGGACAGAGCCCUCGACCUACACUCCAGCCCCAGCUCCUGCAACUGCUCCAGCUGCUGUAAAAUCAGCUGCACCCAUUGCGGCAGCCACUGAACCAAUCCAGCCAAGUGGAGCUGUAACGAAACCGGUUGAAGCUCCUGCUGCCACACCAGAGCCAGCAAAUGAGCUGGUGACAAAGAAAGUGACCACUCAGGAUUCCAAAAACCCGGAUCAGCAUGUCCAACAGCAACCGAAAGAUGAGACACCGCCUGCAGAAAGCGCCAAGAGAGAACCAGUUGCCCAGAACAAUGGCAACGGCGAGGAGGCAGCAGAGAGCUCAAGCAGCCACAACGAGACUGAGCACGGAUUGGGCCUUAACUCGCUGCUGGCAUCCUCACAAGAGAGCCUGCCCAGUGCCAGCUCCGCCUCGGUGAUCUCAGAGCUGCCCGAUCCGCGCGAGGACGAAGAAGAGCGCGAGGAGCGCACCAACUACAAGACGGCCAGCGAGCGGUCCGAUAAUAAUACGAGACAGCAGCAGGAACACGCACACAUGUCGCCAUACCAGCACCAGCAGAGGCGUCACCAUGGUGGCCAUGGAGACAAAUCGCGCGUAGGCGGAGGUGGACGCUUUAUGCAUGGGCAGCAGCAGCAGCAGAACCAAAUGGGCAAGCCGCCGCGCGGAGUUGGAACACGCCACCACCUACUGCGCAACCCGUCGCCAAUGUUUGGCAGCGUCCAGCAGCAGCGAAUGGGCAUGGCCGGGAUGCAGCCGCCGCCGCAACGAUACGGCAUGCCGGGUAAUGCUCAACAACCGCAGCACCUGGCUCUGAUGAGCACGCCAGUGGGUGCUGCUCCCACCGCCGCCUGCCUCCUUCCACUAACCGUUCCCGUGUCCCCACUCACCUUGUCACUACCACCCGCCCAUUCGACCCAUCCGACCCAUUCGACCCAUCAACAACAGCAACAACAGUCGACACUCAACAAUCCGACAUUCAUUCCAAUUCCAGGCCAGUACCCGCCAACUCAGCCACCCAACCAGUCACCACAACAAGCACCGACCAACACGCCACAGCCACACAGCGCUCCUGCCUCUCCCCUCCACACUCCCACGCAUUCGCACAUGAUGCACCACAGUCACAACCCGAACGGAGUCGUGGUGCCGCACCUGCUGCCGCAUCCUCACGAGCAGGUGCGUCUGGGUCUGCUGCAGCCACCGCCGCUGGCGUACAAUCCCAAUCCGGGCGGCUAUCGCAACGGAGCGCUCCUCGGUCCGGGACCAGGACCUGGUCCGCACCAGCAGCAGACGGGCAUGCGCCCGCCACUCUAUCGCAACGCCCCGCCAUCGUACGGCUACGAGCAGGGCCAUCCGCCGCAGCAUCCGCAGUUUAUGCGGCCGCACAACGGCUGGCGGCCGCAGGGCGACAACACGCGCAUGCAGCGUCCGCCGCUCCAGACCUUGCCGCCGCACAUGAUGCCCGGUGCCCCGCCCAACUACGCCAACGGCAUGGGACUGCGUGGUCCGCCGCCCCAGCAGCAGCAGCAGCAACAGUCACCGCAGCAGCAGCAGCAGCAGCCAGUCCCGCUGCAACCGGGCGGCCAUCCAUCGCAGCAGCCCGGCGGCAAUCCCUGCCAGCCACAGCAGCCGCCGCAGCCGAACGGACCGCCCCAGCAGCAGGGCUCGUCGUCGGUGCCGCGCGUCAGCAAGGUACUCAUCAAUCCGAAUUUCAAGGGCGGCGUGGAGGCGGCCACCAACAAGUUCAUUAAGGAGACCCACUUCAUGCCCGCCAUUAACAGCGAGGCGGAGCUGCUGCGCCAGCAGGAGGAGUUCAUCAACAAGAACCGGCAGUACUUCGAGAAGCGACGCAUGGAGCGCUCGCCGCCGUCGUCGGGUUCCAACUCGGGAGCAGUGUCAUCUGCGCAGGCGGGCGAACGCAGACGCACCCGCAGUCGCAGUCGUUCCCGAGGACGCAGCUACUCGCCUGUGAAGCGCAUGGAGAGGGAGCGCGAGCGGGAGCGGGAUCGCGAGAGGGAUCGGGAGCGGGAUCGAGAUCGGGAGCGAGAGCGUGAGCGAUACGGCGCCAAUCGAGUGGCAGGAAACCGAGGAUUCCGACGCGCAUCAAGUCGGGAUCGGGACGAGAAUCGCGGCGGAGCAAGUGCUGCCGGUGCUCAAGGAGCUGGAGGAGGAGCUUCAAGUGGUGCGGCACCUCCAAAGCGCCGAAGGAGUGGCUCUGCCGGAACAGGCACCGCCCGGAAUCCCUUCUCCGGCGAGCCUCGCGGCCGUCCCUCGGAAUCGAGCAGCCGCAGUGUGCCCAGUGACGAGGACGAGGAGACCCGCAACUACAGGCUGGAGAUCGAGAAGCAGAAGCAACUGCGCGAGAAGAUCAUGCGCGACAAGGAGCUGAAGCGCCGGCGCGCUGCCGAGGAGAAGCAACACGAGGAAAAGCGCGCCGAGCAGCACAACUCGCCAGCCCGCGACGACCAGGAGGCGGCCGCCGGACAAGGAUCUGCCAGCGCGGCAGCUGCAGCGCAAAAGCAUCGGCCUGCCCAGCCAGCCGGCGGCGAACGGAAGGUGAUCUCGCUGAAGCGCCGCGAAGACCAGGAUGCGGGCGGCAAUGCUCGCAGCAGGCAGGCGCCAUCGCAGUCCAGUGCCCAGCCAGCGCAAGGUCACCAGCAGCAGUCGCAGCAGCAGCAGCAGCAUCACCCGGCGCGCAAGCAACUAACGGCAGCAAAGAUAGCGCCGGAGGCGAAGCGCACGAUAACCGAGCACCUGGUGCCCUCAUCCAAGCAGCAGCACCACCAGCUGAAUGCAGCGGCGCCGGCGCGAACGAUUGGAGGAUCCAGUGGCGGUGGAGGUGGAGGUGGAGGAGUCGUGGCUGGCGGCACUCCGCCGAAACCGCGCGACAUGCUGCGCCUGGGCACGCCGAGCGAUGAUGAAGUGGAGCUGGACUACGACGACGAUGACCUGCUGCUGGACGAGGAGGAUCGUUUGUUGGCCACACCAUCGCCGCCGCCGCAGAAGGCGAGCAGCAAGCGGUCGGCCACGCCGGAUCUGCUGGUGGUCAAGCGGAACCACAAGGUGGUGCGCGGUGGCAGCUCGGCGACGGCGCCCAGCUUCAGUUCCGGCCAGCGGCGGGUGGUGCUCAAGCCCACCAGCAAUGGCAGUGGAGGCGGAGGCGGAGGAGGAGGAGGGGAUCAGCAGCAGUCGUCGCACGGCGGCAGGCAGCGGGAUCGCAGGCAACGGGAGGAGAACGCACUGCAGCGGAAGAGCGGCGGCGGAGGAGGAGGAGGAGGAGGUGGCUCAGGAAGCGGAGGAGGAGGAGGCAUCUUCGAUCGACUGGAGAAGCGACAGACCUCCUCGGGAGGAAGCAGCGGAGGAGGAGGAGGAGGAGGCGGCGGGAGCAGCCACAAGCAGCGCUCCAAGGCACCCGCCCGCAUCGUACUCAAACAUGAUUAAUAAGGAGACCUAGACUUAAGCCUAACACUUUUUUAUUUCGAUUAUCUCUGUAGCGGGUAAGAUGAGUAUGUCAUGUGCGACGGCGAGGAGGCGUAGGUAGUAAGAGGAACUUUAGCUCUAAGUUAUAAAGUUGCUACUUGUUGAUCUGUAGACUUGUAUACCCAACGUCUAUAUAUAAAUAGCGGCUUAUAUAUAUAUGUAUAUGUCAUUUUGUUUGGUGAGUAUGCGUACGGGUGUCUACAACGUACGCCAUACCGGUAUACAUACAUAUAUAUAUCCAUUUAGCAUUAAGUGUACAAACCUUAUCAAUGACUAAAACGUGCUUCGUUUUCUUAACCAAAACUUGUAUUUAAAUUUAGAAUUUAAUGGGAUGCUUUAAGCUUGACCUGGACAACAAAACAAAACAAAACAAUUAACAGAACCACAACCACAACCACAGCAACAAAACCACUAGAACCCAAAAAUGCAGUUUUAUGUGCAUGCAUAUAGCCUAUGUAAUCAAUUUAAAUAUGAUAUAUACUUACACUACUAUAAAUAAUUAUAAAUACUUCAGAUUAGUUGUAAGUUAACGAGCUGAUGAACCCUAUUUUUUUUACAAUGAUAGUUUGGUUGAAAUUAAAGAGAGAGAAAAAAUCAAAAACAACAACAACAAAAAGUUUUAUAGCUCAAAAUUAAGCAGCUCUUGAAAAGUUUACCUUGUAAUUAAGUUAUAACCCCUACCUGGAUUAUUUUAUUGAUUAUUUUUUACUUUGUGACCCGUUGCUUGUAAAUGAAAUUGAUUGUCUGUCCCAUUGUGUUCUUUGUAACGAUUAUUAACCAUAUAGAGAACUAUGUUUUGCUUGUCAACUAGUUUAACUAAUAAACUUGAAAGUUUGUAGCAUAUUACGUAUAUAUACACAGAAAGCAAUACCAUUAUGGCCUGAAAAAAAAACGCAGAUACAGAAUGGUACCGAUAACUGGGAAUGCAGAAUGAUCAAACCAUACAAUAGCAUAGAACAUAGAAUACAGUCUUACUCUACAUAACAAACGACGGGCCAGUUCCAGCGGAACGAAGAUUCAAGAUGCCCUAGCCAUUAAGUAAUUGUACAUACUACACACACCCAAACACACACACACACACACACACACUAUUCGCUUAAUCAUAUUUAUGUGAACGUACCACACACCCACUCCCCCCCCAUUCGUGUACACAUCAAUCCGUUUGAAAGCUGAGAACAUUAUUCUAUUAAGGACAACAGCCAUAACUUCAUUUACAUUACUCGUAUCUGAAAUAAUGCUUAAUGCCUAGACUAAAGAGAUUGUUAAAUUAUUGCCACUUCUACUGAAACCCAAACCUAAAUCCUCGAAAGAUCUGCAAUAGCCUUUGUAAUUUGAAAGCUCUAACUGUAUUGAUAAGCUCAUUAUUAUGUUAAUGUGCGUCAUUUGUAUUGUAACUAAAGAAAAUCUGAGCUCGACUCAAGAUAUCUAGGAAGGGAUAAGGCAAAGGCGCGCCGUAGGGAUAUAGCAAACCUAUAUGUGACAUGAAAUGUACUAAAACCGCUCUAUUAUGAUCUAAACGAAUCGAAUCCCAAUGCUGUGGCAUUCGGUUUGGUCCAAGCAAGUCCACAAUUGAGCUUGACUUUGCAGUAAUGUAAUUGUAACUUUUAUUCAUGUGACAACACAAAGGUAUAAAUAUAACUAACUAAUUAUGAGCCUAAAAAACCUGUAAUUGUAGAGAGUCGCAACGCUAGAAAAUUAUAAGAUUUAAAUGGAAGCGCAUAAAAAAGUCGUAUAUUCAUAGGAAUACCUAUAACUCUAGUAACCUUAAUGCUACACAAUAUGAUAAUAUAUGGACUAAUAAAAACCAACUAUACUACGUGCACACAUAAAAGCGUGCGGCAGCAUAACUGUAUAAACAUCUAAAAUUAUUCCAAGUGAUUUUAGCUUUUUAAGAACUAAGUUGAAACAAACCGAUCAACACUCGUAGUGGAAAACACAAAUAGCGAAAACAAAUAACAAAAACAAAUAUGAUUCCAAUCAGCAAAUCCGA